CCAACAUGGCGGCAGUAUAGCCAUUUUUUCAUGAUUUUCUCACAAUGUUGAGCUUUUCUAGGCAUUUAUCUAACAAAGUAACACAAUUCGGUCGUAAGUUUAACUCUUUCGACUCGGUUUGAAAAAUGGUGGAUGAUGAGUGAGUAUCACUAUCGCCAUCGACCGAUUAUCAGAAUCGAACUGCGUGCAUCUCCAAGUGGCCAGGCAGCGUUUACCUUCCAACUGCUAAGUAAGACUACUACAAUAACAAUGUAAACGAUCUGUGCACUUCAUUUUUUUUAAGCUUUCGGUCUUUCUUCUUUAUACUAUCGGAGAUAUUUUAAAAUAAUGAUCUGGUCCACUCAAUAAAAUGUACCGUAAUUAAAAUUUAGGUCUAAACUAGGGUGACCAAACAGCCUCCGUAAAAACGGGAUUGUCCCCUUUUUCACGAUCGUACCCGGUGCCCCGAAAAAGCCUCUCGGGACGCCUAAAUGUCCCUUUUCUAAAACCAAACACAUUUUCAAAUCACUAAAGCUUCCUUAUUUAUAAUAUAGUAAUAUUUUGGCUAGCUGUGUAGUCAGUGCCAGUAGUAAUGUGGGUUCGUGUGAUGGCUGCACUGUUCCCCCUCCACCACUGUGACUGUGCCCAUGAAAUUGAAAUAUUCUCAUUUUAACUAUUUUGAGACCUAGAAAUCUUUUUACUUUCGCUUUUGUAAUUUAAUUUAAACUCUUAUGCACAUCAUAAACGAAAACAAUAAUUUUGCAGCGUCCCGACCGAGGCCCCCGUAACCCUCCUUAGCUGGAGGGUAUCCCCCCCCCCCCAACCCUCCUUGGGUGUGUCCCGUUUUUUCCAGUUCAUGAUAUGGUCACCCUAGUCCCCAACGUGAUUUUUAAACUUUAAGGCUAAGGCAAGGAAACUUAACUACUCACUGUACUGUACAGAGUACUUCUUCUUCACUAUAAUACUUCAUUGUAAUUGUACGGUACUCAUUCUCAACUGCACUGUAACUUAAGUUUUAAAUGAUGAAAUUCAGUGUAAGUAAUGUACUGUACAGUUAAUAUACUGUACUGUGAAACUGACACGAACAACGUAGUAAGUCAGUGACUACUUAGUUAUGUCAACUACUUAUUCAAAAUAUAUCAUUUAUGGCAAUGCCCCCCCCACCCAUUGGGACAAUAUUAAACAUUUCUGUCUGAGUACUUACCUAUGUGUCUAAUCAGCCUACUGUAUUUUGGUACCAUAAAAAUAAAUUUCAAUAUUAAUAACAGCACCAAUAGUAGUAAAGUAUAGUAAUUCUUGAACUAGGUUUACUUUUAUUAUUAAAGUUAAAGAAAUUAUCAUGGCUUCCAUAAAUUUCUGUAGUUUCACUUCAUCCAUUAUUGUUCACAGGUGCAGAUUGAGCAAAGUUUCUUUUCCUAGUGCUAACAUUUUAAAAAUAAAUGGAAGAUAAUUCACUUGAUGACCCCAGACAAAAGAAGUCAAAUAAUGAUCCUGUUGACAUAGCACCGCCUAUAAUGCCACCAGACCCCACACAAUUGGCAUUUGAUUUCAAACAAGAACUAGCACAGUGUUCUGAGCUAAAUGCCAGAUACGAGGAAUCAAACAAGAUGUUCAUUUGUCACUUGUGUGAUUUUCGCACUGCUUUUAGAAACAGUCUUCUGAACCAUCAGGCUGUCCACUCUGAUGUCAGACCAUGGGUAUGUGCAAUGUGUGACUAUGCUGCUAAACGAAAACAAGAUUUGAAAAAGCAUCUACACACUAUUCAUGGCAUGAUGGUAGAGUCGCCCAUGUUAAGGCCGAUUGGAGCGAUACCAGGGGCAACAAUUAGUAUUGCAUCUAAAUCCCAUUCAAGAGAUGAAAGUAGUGAAGAAAAUUCUUGUGAUACCGGUAAUGAAAAAAUUAAUAAAACUGACUCCAUACCACCAAUGCCCUGUUUUCCUCAUCAUCAUAGUCCCACAAACAGUAUGACAAAACUUGAAUCUGUUUCUGUGAAACAAGAACUUCAGGAAAACAUGCCCAUAAUUUUUAAUCAAGGUGCUCUGCCAAGCAUGUCCCACUUUGUCCAGAAAAAUUCAAGGGACUCUCCUGACAUGGAUUUACCACUAUCCUUUCCUGCUAUUCCCAUUUCAAAAUACUCUUCUGCUAUGGCCCAAAAUGAAGUAACUGAAAAUGUGUCUAAUUAUUCAGAAGGUGAGAAUUCAUUCACCACAGAGCGUUAUCGUAGCAACAGUAAGCAAAAUAAUCACAUACGAUUCAUGUCUGAAAGACAAACAGAUUGGUCUACUCCUAGCUCCACUCAGAAACCAAGUAGAAAGCGUCCAUACACUGUUCAUCAAGAGUUCAAUCAGGCACUCCAAGAAACUGCUAAUGGCACUGAAAGGUCAGCUCCACCACCUAAAAGUAAGGAUACUGAGGACCUACACCCAUGCAGUAGUUCUAGCAGUAAUAUCAGCCAUGCCAGGGAAGUCCAAACCCAUCCACAUUUCCUGUGUGAACACUGCGAUAUCAUGUUUUUUCAAAGGGCCAUGUACCUUAUGCAUAUUGGUCUGCAUUCAGCAGAUGACCCUUGGUGUUGUGCAGUUUGUGGUAAUGUGUAUAAUGAAAAGUAUAGUUUCACAUCCCAUUUCAUCAAUCAGCAUUAAGAUUUGUAUAUAUAUUUGUUUCUUUCUAGUCUUUUAAUUGUGAUUUUUGCUUGAUAGGGUCAACCUUUAUUUUCAUAUUAUCUGUAACGGUAUUUGUAUUAAAUUUUACAAAGUUUAUGUGACUGUUGUGGGAUGUACUGGUACCCAGUAUGUGAAAUCGAUGGAAACUUUGAGAGAAAUAAGACUGAAAUAUUUCUAUCUGCUUACACGCUCUUGCUAAGAUAUUAUUCUGUGACACAGACAUUUUGCAGGUAAUGAGUUAUUUUAGCUGUAAUAGUAAUAAAAAAAAGUAAUUAUGAAUAUUCUUCUUUUUUUUUUUCAUUCAUGAUCUAUGUAUACAAUAUGCCAAAGUUGUUAAAAUCCAUUAAAUAUUGGUUGAGUACUGGGUAUAUUAGUAUAUUGCAAUAUGCAUAAUGUUAAUAUGUAUAGCUAAGAACUUUAAAAUUAGAAUCCCAUUUAAAAAUCACUGGCACACUUUGGAAUACCAUGUAUUUUAUAGGAAUUUCAUUGACGUCUUGAAUCUGAUUUUCUCCCUUUACUUCCAUUUGAGUGUUGUGAAUAUUAUUGUUCAACUCUAAAGAAAAACUGAGCAAUAUCUGUUUUCUUUUUCUGUCAUACCAUUACUUUAAAUUGUAAAAAGUAUUCUUGUAUUACUUGUAUAAUUAUUUUAAUGUGUUAAUCUGCAUUUUCUUUUAAGCUCGUAUUUGACCUUCAUUUUGUAAAAUUGAGAUGAAAUGUUCUCUCUAAUACUGUCAUACAUUGCUUAUUUUAAAUUUUAUUGACUGCUGUAUGUUGUGCACUUCCAUCAAAUAGAAAAAAAAAACACCAAAUGUAGACUAUCCAUUGAUUUAUUUUAUCAUUGCUAAAAUGCAUUGGUUGGCCAGGGUUUGGAUUCUUUUGGGGCUGAAAACCACACUAUUUUACCAGUAGAUUAUAUGAGUCGUGACCCGAUGUUAUCAAGAUAAUAAUGGUAGGCACUUUGCGAUAAUUUCUACCUGCUAUUGUUAAAACUCACCACAAUUCCUUAUUUUAAAAAGAAGUAUCUAUUUAAUGAUAUAUUUUUAACAUCAUUAAGUUUUGAGAAGUAUUUUUCUGCUACAUAAUACCGGCAUAUGCCUACCCUACCCCUUUUCGCUCCCCUAAACUACAAUUUUUUUCUCUAAACAUGACCUUAAAUUACCAAAUCUAAAUGAUCACUAAUUAAAUCAUUAUUGUCACAAUAGAAGCUCAUUGAUGGCUGAUUUCUUUUUAUGGUGGAGAAACACUUUAGAUUUUUUGUUAAAUGUCCGGCCCACCUUACCCCUUUUUGUGCCCUGAACUACAUUUUUUUUCUAAAAAGAAAUUGUGAAAACAGUCUUAAAAAUUAACAACAAAAACUCUAUUCUGUACCAUUUUAAAUAAAUUUUAUAUUAACAAAAUUUGAUAUGUUGAUAUCUUCAUUAAAAAUUUAACCAAACUUUUGCUUUGUUUUUCUACUAUAUUAUCAGAAAAUUGUGAAACAAAGUAUUCUUUUAUUGAAAGAAGAAUCUCUAUACUGUUUUUUACGUCUGUAACAGCCUUGAGUUUUUUUUUGAAAAAAAAGAAAUAUUAUUGAUAAAAAUAACCCACUUUACUUUUCGCUAAGUAAAAACAAAAAUAUAUUUUCAUUUUUUUAAAAAGAAAAUCUUAACCCGUUUUAGUUCACGCCCAUGAAUGAAAUGUAAAUACAAAACAUAUGGCUCUAUUUUUUAAGAUUAAAUUUUAAAUAGUGUAAAAUGAUAAGGUUUUGCUAUUCAUGGGUAUACCGACCCACGUUUUGUCAACGCCAUUUUUUCUUAAUUGGUAAACAUCUGUUUAUUUGUCAAAAGAGACCGGAAUGUAACACCUAUUUAUCACGACUGUAAUAUCACUGGCUUUAAAGAUGUUGUCAUCCAUUUAAAAAUGAACACACCCUAUUUCCUACCCCCGAUAUAUAUAUAUAUGUACCUAAGAAGGUUAAUUAUUUAUCACAUUCAUUCCUUUAUUCUGAGGCGUAUCUUGUGUUACCUGGGGCAAAAUGUAAGUAUCAACCCCCCUCCCCCACAGUUUUUAAUUUUUAAAAAAUUACAAAAUCAUCCACGGGUUGGUAGCCCCCCUACAUACUUAACCAAACAUUUUUUGCACGUCCCUGAAUUUAAUUAAAAUUCUAAAGUCCUAGAGCCCCUUUACUUUUACCUAACAUUGUUUUGUAAUUUCUAAAAAAAAAUAAAUAAAUACCCGGUACUGGUAAUAUCGUACUUAGCAUAAAUCGUAUAUGGAAAUAUUAUGUUUAUUUAUCUUAACUUAAACAUUGAAAACUAUACCAAAUUUAAAAUUUGUGUCAUAAUUG